AUGUCAAUCUUGUCCACGACACCGAAGAGCGUUGGCGUACCGCGGCCCCCCUCACCCAUGAACCCUGUGGCAUGCGAGUCGUCCACCAUGACGUUGGCGUUGUACUUCUCGGCCAGGGCAGCAAUCUUGUCUAGUGGCGCGACAUCACCGUCCAUGGAGAAGACACCAUCGGUCACAAUGAGCCGAAUGCGCUUCUGCUGGGUAUUCUGA